UUGUCGGAUGGAUAUCAGCAUCCCUAGAAAGUAGUUCCACACAGUGAGGAAAUACUAGGACAGAUCACCUUGAAGCUGGUCUCAGUCUCCUAGCAGUCAUAUCGCUACAAGCAGCCAUAACCAGAGUUAAGAACUUGUCCGACUGUAAAAGCAAUCACCAUGCCUCUGCCAAAAGAUAUGGGCUCUGCCUUCAUCCAGACACAGCAGCUCAACGCUGCCAUGGCCGACACCUUCCUGGAACACAUGUGCCUGCUGGACAUUGACUCUGAACCCACCACUGCCCGCAACACUGGGAUCAUCUGCACCAUUGGACCAGCGUCUCGAUCUGUGGAUAUACUCAAGGAGAUGAUCAAGUCUGGAAUGAACAUUGCUCGUUUGAACUUUUCCCACGGUACACAUGAGUACCACGGAGAGACCAUCAAGAAUGUACGGAAGGCAUGUGAGAGCUUCGAGCCAGGCAGUAUCCAUUACAGACCCAUCGGUAUUGCCCUGGACACAAAGGGACCAGAGAUCAGGACGGGCCUUAUUAAAGGAAGUGGCACAGCUGAGGUGGAGCUGAAGAAGGGCAACAUGAUCAAGGUUAUCUUAGACGAUGCUUACCAGGACAACUGUGGUGAAGAUAUCCUCUGGCUCGACUAUAAGAACAUCACCAAAGUGGUGGAAGUUGGCAGUAAGGUCUACAUUGAUGAUGGCCUCAUCUCUCUGCAGGUCAAGGAGAUUGGCACUGAUUACCUCAUGUGUGAGAUUGAAAAUGGUGGCACUCUGGGCAGCAAGAAGGGCGUGAACCUCCCUGGCGCUGCUGUUGACCUGCCCGCCGUUUCAGAUAAGGACAUCAAGGACCUGCUGUUUGGUGUCGAGCAGGGAGUCGACAUGGUCUUUGCCUCCUUCAUUCGCAAAGCAGAUGAUGUACAUGCUGUCAGAGCUGUUCUUGGAGAGAAGGGCAAAAACAUCAAGAUAAUCAGCAAGCUGGAGAACCAUGAGGGUGUACGCAGAUUUGAUGAGAUCAUGGAGGCUAGCGAUGGCAUCAUGGUUGCACGUGGUGACCUGGGUAUCGAGAUCCCCACGGAAAAGGUCUUUCUAGCUCAGAAGAUGAUGAUUGGUCGCUGCAACCGUGCUGGCAAGCCAAUCACAUGCGCAACUCAGAUGCUGGAGAGCAUGAUCAAGAAGCCUAGACCCACCCGCGCUGAGGGCAGCGACGUUGCCAACGCCGUCCUGGAUGGAGCUGACUGCAUCAUGCUGAGCGGGGAGACAGCCAAGGGAGAUUACCCUCUGGAGGCCGUGCGCACACAGCACAUGAUUGCUCGUGAAGCCGAGGCAGCCAUAUUCCACCGGCAGGUGUUUGAGGACCUGCGUCGUUCUACGCCACACUGCAGCGACCCGGCUGAGGCCAUUGCAAUUGGUGCCGUCGAGGCCUCCUUUAAGAGCUUAGCCUCUGCGAUCAUUGUGCUCACGGGCUCUGGAAGGUCAGCCCACCUGCUCUCCAGGUACAGGCCCCGUGCUCCCAUCAUCGCUGUGACCCGUAACGCCCAGACGGCACGCCAGGCCCACCUGUACCGUGGGAUCUUUCCUGUCCUGUACACCACACCCUCUCACGAUGUUUGGGCAGAGGAUGUUGACAUGCGCGUCAACUUUGCAAUGGAAAUGGGCAAGGCCAGAGGCUUCUUCAAAGAGGGUGACGUUGUCAUCAUCUUGACCGGCUGGCGUCCCGGCUCUGGUUACACCAACACCAUGCGUGUGGUUCUGGUGGAUUGAGCAGCCUACGCCGCUGCACAACACUGACCCUUCUGUUUUUCACUCUCACCAUCCUAACCACCAACUCCUGCAAAACUCAGCUGUUUAGUUUUUAGGUUCUCAUGUAAACUGUUAAUCAUAAGAUGCUUCUUACAGCCAAGGAGCUGUUUAGGUGGGAGCAGUUUUCUUCCAGAUAAUUCCAAGAAGGGUUUUCAUUCCUUUAACAUAGUUUUGUCAAACCAGUUGUCAGGGCUUCAGAUUAUUACACUCUGAGCAGAAACUGCUGUAUUUAUUCACUGAGUGGAAGCAUCUGUGUAUAUUUGGCUCCAUUUUGGGUGUUAUUAGUAUUGGAGCUGAUCUUUAAGAGCACCUUGUUGUACUGUAAUGAACAAUAUUGGCAAAGGUCUCUCCUACAGAACAGCUCGAUCCAGAGGUUUGUAUAGAGCUGUCUGUAAGAAGUGUCCUCUUAUAUACCAGCUUUCAUUGUGUUUCAGUGUAUCUGUCAGUGUUGCAUUCCUCAUCUUCUCCAGACACUGUUACAUUCUAAAUUGUACUUGACCUUUGUGAAUAUUAUUUUUGUUUUGGGACAUUCAACUCUGCUUAUAUAUUGUCUAACUUUAGAAAAAGGUUUUGGGUGUCCCAGUCCAGAAGUGUUUGAACGAGUUACUGUUUUUGUGGUGGUAGAUGUCAUCAAGCCUUUACAUUUCUUUGCAUUUAGAUCAAAUGUGACAUGGAAACUAAAUCUUUAGUGGUCCGCUAAAGUUGACUGAACACAUUUGGGACUUGUUUAGAACCCUUCUUUGACUUCUCUGUUUGUGACCCACUGUAGCUGUCCUGCUCCUCUAACAUGCUUUUGAUUGUAAUGCUAAACUAAGAACUAACUUUGUAAAAUGUUCCAGUUAAGAUGUCCCACAAGACUGGAGUCCCAUCAAUAAAAGAUGAGCACCUAUAAA